CCCCCGCGGCCCCGCGCCCCCGCGCCCCUCGCGCAGCCCGCGCGCCCCCCUGCGCGGCCGCGCACCCCGCGCCCUCCGCGUCCCCCGCGCCCCGUGGGCGAUGGGAGCCAGCCGUCCGCGGGGACCACGCCUCUGAGACUCGCGGCCGGCCACCGGGACCAUGAAGAGCAAUCGGGCCCGCAAGGGCGGAGGGGGCGCCAAGGACCUCCGCGCGGGACUCAAGUACAGCUCGCGGCCUGAGAGCAUGAACGGUGUUGAGGAAGGCGUGGAGUUCCUGCCAGUCAACAACACCAAGAAGGUUGAGAAGCGGGGCCCGAAGCGUUGGGUGGUGCUGGUGGCCGUGCUGAUUGGCUUAUUCUUGCUUUCUAUCGUGGCAUGUUUCCUGGUGUGGCACUUCCAGUACCGGAACGUGCGGGUUCAGAAAGUCUUCAAUGGCUACCUGAGGAUCACAAAUGAGAACUUUCUGGAUGCCUAUGAGAACUCCAGUUCCACUGAGUUUGCAAACCUGGCCAACAAGGUGAAGGAAGCGCUGAAGCUGUUAUACAGUGGGGUGCCAUCCCUGGGCCCCUACCACAAGGAGUCGGCCGUGACUGCCUUCAGUGAGGGCAGCGUCAUCGCUUACUACUGGUCCGAGUUCAGCAUCCCCAAAUACCUGGUGGAGGAGGCCGAGCGCGCCAUGGCCGAGGAGCGUGUGGUCACAUUACCGCCCCGCGCCCGCGCCCUCGGCUCCUUCGUGCUGACCUCCGUGGUGGCCUUCCCCACUGACUCCAGAACAGUACAGACCGCCAAGGACAACAGCUGCAGCUUCGCCCUGCACGCCCGGAGCGGGGAGCUGACCCGCUUCACCACGCCUGGCUUCCCCGACAGCCCGUACCCAGCUUGGGCCCGCUGCCAGUGGACCCUGCGGGGGGAUGCCGAGUCCGUGCUGAGCCUCACCUUCCGCAGCUUUGAUGUCGCGUCCUGUGACGACCGUGGCAGUGACCUGGUCAUGGUGUAUGACACCCUGAGCCCCGUGGAGCCGCGUGCCGUGGUGCAGCUGUGUGGCACCUACCCUCCCUCCUACAACCUGACCUUCCUCUCCUCCCAGAAUGUCCUGCUCGUCACGCUGAUCACCAACACCGAGCGGCGACACCCUGGCUUUGAGGCCACGUUCUUCCAGCUGCCUAAGCGGAGCUCCUGUGGAGGCUACUUACGUGGCACCCAUGGGACAUUUAGCAGCCCCUACUAUCCUGGCCACUACCCGCCCAACAUGAACUGCACGUGGGACAUUGAGGUGCCCAACAACCAAAAUGUGAAAGUGCUCUUCAAGCUUUUCUACUUGGUGGAGCCCAACAUUCCCCCGGGCUCCUGCCCCAAGGACUACGUGGAGGUUAACGGGGAGAAGUACUGUGGAGAGAGGCCCCAGUUUGUAGUUACCAGUAGGAGCAGCAGGAUCACUGUGCGCUUCCAUUCCGAUCAGUCCUACACCGACACAGGUUUCCUAGCCGAGUACCUCUCCUAUGAUUCCAGUGACCCGUGCCCGGGUAAGUUCAUGUGUAGCACGGGGAGGUGUAUCCAGAAGGAGCUGCGCUGUGACGGCUGGGCGGACUGCACGGACUACAGUGACGAGCUCAACUGCCAAUGCAACGCCACCUACCAGUUCACGUGCAAGAACAAGUUCUGCAAGCCCCUCUUCUGGGUGUGUGACAGCAUCAACGACUGUGGGGACAACAGCGACGAGCUGGAGUGCAGCUGUCCGGCUCAGACCUUCAGGUGUGGCAGUGGGAAGUGCGUCCCACAGAACCAGCAGUGUGAUGGGACGGACAACUGUGGCGACGGCUCCGACGAGGCCAUGUGUGCCCUCGUGAGAACUGUUACCUGCUCCAAACACACCUAUCGCUGCCAGAACGGGCUCUGUUUGAGCAAGAGCAACCCUGAGUGUGAUGGGAAGGAGGACUGUAGCGACGGCUCAGAUGAGAAGGAUUGUGACUGUGGGCUGCGGUCGUUCUCCAGGCAGUCCCGGGUCGUCGGGGGCACGAAUGCCGACGAAGGUGAGUGGCCCUGGCAGGUCAGCCUCCACGUCCUGGGCCAGGGCCAUGUGUGCGGGGCUUCGAUCAUCUCGCCCAACUGGAUGGUGUCGGCAGCUCACUGCUUCAUCGACGACAGAGGAUUCAGCUACUCUGACCACACGCUGUGGACCGCCUUCCUGGGCCUGCACGACCAGAGCAAGCGCAGUGCCACUGGGGUGCAGGAGCUCGGCCUCAAGCGCAUCAUCACCCACCCUUUCUUCAACGACUUCACCUUCGACUAUGACAUUGCCCUGUUGGAGCUGGACAAGCCCGCCGAGUACAGCAGCUCCGUGAGGCCCAUCUGCCUGCCCGAAUCCUCGCACAGCUUCCCCGCCGGCAAGGCCAUCUGGGUCACGGGCUGGGGCCACACCCAGGAAGGAGGCUCGGGCGCGCUGGUGCUGCAGAAGGGCGAGAUCCGCGUCAUCAACCAGACGAUCUGUGAGAACCUGCUCCCGCAGCAGAUCACCCCGCGCAUGAUGUGCGUGGGCUACCUCAGCGGCGGCGUGGACGCCUGCCAGGGCGACUCCGGGGGACCCCUGUCCAGCGUGGAGGCCGACGGGCGGAUUUUCCAGGCCGGCGUGGUGAGCUGGGGUGACGGCUGCGCUCAGAGGGACAAACCCGGCGUGUACACGAGAAUCUCUGAAUUUCGGGACUGGAUUAAAGAGCAGACUGGGGUGUAGAAUGCAGGGGACAUCGGCGGGCCACCCCAACGUGCACACCUGCGGGCCAAGGACAGGAUGGCUAACAGCACCCCUGACUUGAGCUCCCCAGAACCCAGACUGUGAACUGAAUCCCCAGGUCUCUGGAGAGGGUGACUUGGCCUGGAGAACUUCUCUCCUCCCUCACCUCCGAAGCAGAGGAUGGGAGGUGGAGAGGCAGGACACUGGCAGUGCCAAGGGGCACAGGCUUGAAGACACAGCCCCUCCCCUCCAAUCCCAAACUGGGCUGAGGCUUGUCCGGCCGAUCUUUGGGCUCUGCCUCUCUGGUACCGAGCGGCUGUAAUGUUGCUUUGGGACCCCUACGAUGGGGCUGGUGGGGGCGCUUUAGGCUCCUAGGGUCACACUCUUCAGGAAACCCAGGCCAGACGACCCUGGAAGACACAUGGGUCUAAAAUUUGAAUUUUUACCAGCUCCUAGGGUGGGCUUCAGUGUAUGUAUUUGUGUGUAUGAGUAAACUUUGUUUUUAGGUACAUUUUUUUCUCACUGGACUUGAUGGGCUCUCCUUCGUCCUAGCCCCAGUUGCAAGCAGUAAACCGGGUUUAAAUUCCCAUCAGCACAGACCCUGGAGUCAAGCUAAGAGCAGAGGCCAUGGUGUCCUGUGGCCUUCUCCAGGCCAGCAAGGGGCUAUGUUUUGCUUCUGAGACCAAGGCCUUGUGCCCCGAAAGGAGGGGUGCGCAGGGCAGAGGGGGGGCCGGCGGUGAGGCAUGAGGGUGGGAAGGGUGUGCAGUAGCUGCCCAGCCUGGGCACCCUAGGAGAGGGAGGAGCUGUGUGUCCCAGGAAGAAAGGAGGAGGUGGGGCUUUCUUUUGGGCAUGGAUGUGAUCAAAUGAGUUCUGUGUAUGCGUGUGUGUGUUUGUACACGCAGACAUGAGGGUAGGCAUGAUGUCGAGGCUGUCCAGUGUGGGCUGAGCAGAUGGUCCCUGAGCCUUGCAGGAGGGAUGGUGCUUUGCUUAAGUGUUCUCACAUCUCCAGUGUACCUUUGAUUUUUACUUAUUAAUUUAAAAUAUUCUCUCUCCUCGCUUGGAGUGACACAGAAUGACAGCAUCAAUGAUCUAGGGAGGGCUUAGGGAGUUCUUGAAGGGACGUUUGAAAAACUUCUGUAUGCCAAGGCACUAUACAGGCUAGGGCUAGGGGAAAGAAGGGGCUUAGGAAGAGAAAUCAGAUGGCCAGUGACAUGAACAAAGAUGGCGUGGUCUUUGCUCAUCACCACAUCCCUGGCUCAGGCCUGGCUCCUAGAAGAGGCUAAUACUUGAUAAAUCAAUAGUCUGCCCUCCAGGAGUUUUGGGAAUGGAAGGGGGGGAAAACGCAGUUUGAUUGGAGCAAUCUGACCAGACCUCUAGGAGGCGAUCAGCUGCUUCUUUGAUUUUAGCCUGAAUGUUUUACUUUCUGGAGGGAGGAGAAGUUUUGUCUUGACACCUGUGCAGGCAUGCGUGUUGGAUUUUCCUUCCAGGGAAGGGAAAGAGCAUCCGUUCUUUACCAAGGCAUGACAAGUAGAAGAAAGAAGAGGUUGUCAAAGACUCCUGGGCAGGUGGCGCCAUGUUGUAAAUAGCUGACAUUCAGGGAGAGGCUUCACCUGUGCUCUGCUUCCCGAGUACGCACACCCCUCAGGCCGCCAGCCUGGCUCAGUUGUAGAAGUGGUUGCCCACACAGAGGGGUUUGGGAGGCCAGCCUGUGCCUGCCUGUAGCAUCCUCAUUGUCCCAUCAUAGUCUAACAUUGUCUUGAGAACUCCCACCCCAGAGCAGCAGCACCAGCUGGGAAGGCUCAUGCUUCAUCCACACCUGCAUCAGAAACUUUGGGGCAGGGCCCUGUAGUCCGCACAGUAGCAAGUUGUUCCAGGUGAUUCUGACCUACCGCCAUUUUAGCAGUGUGUCCAUAGGCUAAUAGCAUCAGCCUCACGGGCACCCAGGGCAGUGGCGUGCAGGUGCAUCCUGCACUUCUGGCCCUGUCCUAGAAGCCUCAAACAUUUGAUGCCCGGAAGCUCGAGAAAUGUCAGUUCUUUUAAAAAGACCAUGGAGCCAAACCCGUUUACUCCCGACUGGAGAUAAGAAUAGCCUAAGAAGGGCGCCUGGGUGGCUCAGUUGGUUGAGCGACUGCCUUCGGCUCAGGUCAUGAUCCUGGAGUUCCGGGAUCGAGUCCCGCAUCGGGCUCCCUGCUCAGCAGGGAGUCUGCUUCUC